CUGCAGUGAAACGGAGAAUGAUAACGACGAACUUCUUCGCAAAAUCGCACACAACUUGCUUCACAUUCAAGCGCUCCCAGCUUACUUGCGCAAGCAGUCGCCGUUUCCUUGGCGUAGGUACAAAUCGCUCGCCUACGAUCAAAUGCGGCGUUCUCGCAUCUCACAACUCCGCGCCGGCGAAUGACAUCAUGAUCCGCGCGGCCAAGGGCCAAAAAGUUGAGCGCACACCUGUAUGGCUUUUUCGACAGGCCGGGCGGCACUUACCAGAAUACAUGGAAUACAAGAAUGCGCGAGGGAAAAACUUCCUGGAACUUCUGAAGGAUCCGAAAGAUGUCGCCGAAGUGACCCUUCAACCCAUCCGGCGAUACAACAUCGAUGCUGGAAUACUUUUUUCGGAUAUCUUAGUCGUCGCAGAAGCUAUGAACAUCAACGUUGAGAUGCCAGGAGGUCUUGGAAUCCUAGUGCCAAACCCUUUGAGAAACCCCGAAGACCUCUCCCGACUACCUAGAUCAGUUAAUGUCGAGGAACGUCUGGGUCAUGUGAUUGAAGCCAUUAAAGAGAUCAAUCGACAAAUUGAGGCGGAAGCACUCAACGUGCCUCUAAUUGGUUUUUCUGCCGCUCCAUGGACACUCAUGUAUUACAUGGUCGGUGGAAGCUCAAAGAAAAACACAGACGUCGGAAUGCAGUGGUUGAGAGAACAUCCGAAUGAAUCCCAGCAACUUCUCGAGCGACUCACGACUGUGGUGAUUGACUAUCUUGACGCCCAAAUCAAAGCUGGUGUCCACAUGGUACAAGUGUUUGAAGCCAUGUGCGAGCACAUCGACAAGGAUUGCUUUUUGAGUUUUGCCAUGCCCAGCUUGACGAAAAUCGCAAAAGAAUUGAAGGCGAGACAUCCAGAAAUUCCUCUGCUGGUGUUUGCUCGGGAUGCUCCCUAUGCACUUCCUUUGCUCCAGGCUGCCGGUUACGACGUCAUGACAGUCGAUACUGUGAAGCCGGGAGAUGUUGCCCGUCGUGAGCUUGCUAUAGGUGCAGUGGGCGCUGAUCCCAAACAACUCCAAGGAAAUUUCGACCCAGCUUUGCUACACGCAAAGACCGGAUCUGACGAGGCAGCUAUCGAAAAGGCUGUAAGAAAUAUGCUUAUUUCGUUCGGACCUCAGAAGUACAUUGCUAAUCUUGGCUCGGGGCUCACAGGUUUAGAAGACCCGUCUAAGGUAGCUUUCUUUGUAGAUUGCGUCCACAAAGUCAGCGAAGAACUCAUGGCGGAAGAAGCCGUUUAUACCGAGCCGGCUGACCCACUUCGAAGGUAGUGAACUCCAAUGGCGCGGUUGGUAGACUGUGAAGUUAACCGAAUUAGGUCGGCGUCAUACGGCAAACAUUUAAACAAUAGUGCUCAUCAACACAUGUGAGUUUUACCCAACGUUCUUACGUUUGGCAUUCAUCACGAAGAGAUCUGGCCACAGUACUAGUGAACGAAUCUACGUCUGAUUCAUCAGGAAGCAACCUCAGCAAAAGCUCGAUUACUCCGACAAAAUAUCACAGAAGGCAAAUCGUUCCUAGUUUAUCUCAGAUCCAAUGUGCCCAAAACGAAACCGGACGCCCAUGACGAUGGUACCGACGGUGAUGAGCAGUGGCACACCACGAUAUUUGCGAAUCUCAUGCUUUCGCCCAAUCGUGCUUCCAGUAAAGCGCGCGAGAAGUGACCUAGGGCAGCAUGCUCCGCAAAGUUGACGAAGAAUUUCAACACUCUAUGAGUCUCGCAAGGGAAGGUUUUCACCGAAAGCUUUCAAGAAAGGCAACGGUGGUAUUGCACUUUGAAAUGCCGUGCAACAGGGUACUGACAACCGCAUCCUGCAUUGUUCAGGCAAUCGAAUGUGAAUAAACCUUGCUGAAACUCGCAAACACUCGCUUACCUCAGCAGCAAUAUCGAGAUUUGGAGAGCUCAUCGCUAGACCUUGUUUGUUUAUUUCGUCGUCACAAAUCCGGUCCCUUC